AUGAAUGUCUCGGUGGCAACCAAUACAGACAGCAACAGUAACAUCCUUCGACUGGCGGAAUCAUUUCGAUCUCGAAGUUCAUUGCAAGUUGUUCUGGAAUCUUUGAUCUAUGGUUCUGUAAUUGUAUCUGGCUUUGUUGGAAAUCUUCUAGUCCUUUACAUUGUCUACAAAUCGGCGAGGCUCCGAAAUGUACCAGGACUGUUUAUUGCUUCACUUGCCCUUUCAGAUAUCGCCAUCAUUGCCCUUGCGACUCCACCAUCUUUGUUAUCACUUAUCAAAGGGAAUUGGGUCUCCACCUUUGCAGCCUGUCAAUUUCAAGGUUUUAUUGUCAUAGUAACAGUAGCUGCCUCUUUGCAGACCAUGGCUCUUAUGUCCGUCGAUCGAUACUUCCGCGUCGUUCAUCCGACAAAACAUCGACUUUUCUUUACCAUGCCACGCGCACGGCUCAUGGCCGCGUCAGUCUGGAUCUUGGCAUUGGCGUACCCAGUCCCUUAUCUUGCUACUGAAAAAAUGUUUGUUUUUCAUCCUGGAAAAUUUUUCUGUUUUUUCGUAGAAGAGGAGUCCUUGGCAGCUGACACUAUUUACGUCUGCAUUUUUUACUCCAUUACCGUUCUCACUUAUUGCUACAUUAACGUUUACAGACAUCUGAGACUGAACGCAAAGCGCGUUCAAGGUUGGCGCACGAAUGAAGUGAAGCCCUCAACCUUGAACGAAAAACGCGUCCAAGGACGGUUCACGCAAGAAAUCAAGACCUCAGUCGAAGAUGUCAAAUUGACACGAACGUUAUUUGCAACUGUCCUUGGAUAUCUGAUUUGCUGGACUCCUGUUCUCAUAAUCGAUUUUGUGGAAAAGGGUGUUGGGGAAUGGUUCCUUCCACGUUGGGUCUACGUCAUGUACAAUGAUUUUGGACUUUCGAGUUCUUCUCUAAACCCCAUUAUAUAUGGGGCCCUAAACCGAACAUUUCGACGAGAAUACAAAAAGAUUCUCUGCUUCAGGAAGUCCUCGCUUAAUCAAGAUCAAAGCAACACUGAACAAAUACCGAUGGAAAGCAAAAAAGUUCUUACAACAGAAAUAACCAUAAAUUCAACUCAAAUGUAAAAAGAAAAUUUCGACCGAAAUUCAAAAGGCUUAGCCUGGGGAAAAGGACAAAAAAAAGUUUCUGUAAACAAGUUUCUUCCUACAUAAGGUGUUAACGUGUGUGGCAAAGAAACAUGUCUUAAAAUGAGUGUAUCAGAUUACUUUAAGUUUAGUCACAAACAUCACUGUUUUUAUUAAUAAUGAUUAAGAAUAAUAAAAAUUAAUCUGCAUACAAAAUUUUUUUGAACUGAUAGACACUUUCACGGUUUUGAAAAAGUUUGAAAUGGAUCUAACGAAGAUUUAGCCCCACAAAGUCUCCAAAUUUUAUCAACUUUAGUAUGCGGGUUGACGGCGAGGAAAAUUUAAGAAAGAAACUUUAAUCUAAAAACUUUCAAUUAAAUUGAUGCUGAUAAAAAAAAUGUAUAACUAACAAAAGUCUCUACUUUUCCCUGUUGACAAAAUUAUCGAACACAACCAACCCGGAUGAUAAAAUUUCUGUACCAGAUAUAUGUGAGGGAGCCUGAUAAUGGUACUUUUUUUCCUGAAAAAUCUUUGGAAUAUUCUGCAAAAUACUUAUAAGAAAGUAGAGGCAAGCUGGAAUUGCAAUACCAUAAAGAACAAUCAAGAUGCAAGGCAGACGUGCCCUCGGAUUAUCCAUUGGUCCGUCAUCUAAGUCACGUGACCAGUGAAGUUGAUAACCAAUUCUUAUAAUUUACGUCACAAGUUACAUCCUCACGCGUCAAUUAUUAUUUUUUCAAGCAGCAAUUUUCAAGGCAACUUACCAUAAAACCAAAUUACUUACAAGCGCUAGAGAUUGAGUUCAACACAUAUUCUCUCAGAUUUACUCUCUGUGGCAAAUCAAUACCGCUUGUAUAAGCUUCACUAAAAACCACUUCUUUGCAAAAGAAGGAUUUUAUAAAGGCCAGAUCUUCAACAGGUAAGUGAAAUAAGGGUUCGUAAUGGAUUCUCCUAAAUCGUUUAACCAUAGACGAAAAUAAGACAAGAAAAUAAACUUAAGACGAUAUUUUCCUGUGAGGUAGUUUAGUAUUCUACUGAGGUUAAGAAUUGUUCAGUAAUUGUUUAAAUUUCUAUCAAUGAAUUUCUACCACAACCGCAGAAGCAAUAGGUGCAAAAAGAGCUCGUAGGUUGUUUAAUUUACAAGGUUCUCAUCUUCAUACUAGGUUUGGAUUUUGUGUUGCGCAAACUUCAUCGAAAUUACUUAAGGAAGCUAUUUAAAAAUACAUAAGUUGCGGGCAAACGGACUGUAGUUAGAGUAUGGAAGCAGUAAUAACAAAAAGAAUCUCACUCGUUCAUUGUUCUCAAUUGCGAAAGAUUCAAGAUACUGGCGUAGCAUUGAAAGGGAAAAUUAUUUUCCAGCAAGGCUGGGUUGAAAAAGACAUUAUAUGCACUUUAUUUGUGUUUUGAACAUUAAAUUCAAGUGCUUUUAUGUUAGGGAUUAUUCAAAACUUGAAAGGCUAAAAAAAUUGAAAAAACAAUGUCCAGAUAUAACACAAGGUUAUACAAUGAGAUAAACUUUUUGAAAUAAGAUAAGCGAGCUUUUCCCAAGAAUAGUUGAAAGAUAUUCGCUACAUAUUCUCUUCCUAAUACUAUUCUGAAAGCCAUUGUGAAAGGAUAAAUACAAGGUUUGACAAUUUCAUGGUAUUAUUUACACGGCAUUGCAAUUUAAAGUCGAACAUUUCUUGAAAUAAAUUAAACGAUAGAGACAGUUUCCGAGCAUUUUAUUUCAAAAGGAGAAUCAAGAACGAAGCUGAUCCACAGGGAAUUAGUCCAAGCUUUGUUAGACUACUCAUUUUAGUUUACGCAGGUGGUGAUCUUAAUUGUAGUAAUUUUUUUUUUUUUCGGGUAAACUGAUAAGAAUAAGACAAGAAAGCUCAGUCAGGUAAUUAAAUUUCAGUCCCGCGGAAAUCCUAUUGGUUUAUUGUUAAUUUAUUGUUUGAACAGGCUUAGAUAUAAUAAGCGAGAUGACAAACUGAAACCACAGAAACUUGGCAUCCGCCGCAUCAUCAAUAAGCUAUUAAUUUCUACCAGUCUUCUUAUCACACAUAACAGACGUUUAGCUGCAAAAUGGCUUUAAUUUUGCAAGUUCUGCUAUGAAACUUUCGUCGUGUUUAACUAAGUCCCAUUGUUGCUGUUAUUUUUGUUGUCUCGAUUCAAGCGAGGAUAUAAUGGCUGAGCAAAUGCAAAUAAAGUGCAGACUGACAUAUUUAUAAUAUUCCCGCGAAGCAAAGCUCUGAAAAUGAACUUGAAAGUCACCUUCAUCUAUCUGUCAAAAGUAUGCUAAACAUUAUUUAUCUUUGUUACUGCAGCAAAAAAGAAAAAAAAGAAAAAAAAAGGAAUGAAUGCCUCUGAGAAACCCUCCAUAGAAAGACAAGCCCUUCAUCUGGCAGAUUCGUUUCGUCACCGGAGUACAUUUCAGGUUAUUCUAGAAUCUUUGAUCUAUGCCUCCAUUGCUGCGGUGGCAUUCAUUGGAAAUCUAGUUGUUCUCUACAUUGUGUACAAAAUACCAAGACUUAGAAACGUCCCAGGGCUGCUCGUGGCAUCCCUUGCCAUUUCAGACAUUGCUAUGGCAACUUUUGGGGCUCCGCCGUCUUUAGCAUCACUUAUUAGAGGGCGUUGGGUUUCGACUUUCGCAGUAUGUCAAUUUCAAGGAUUCGUUGUCAUAACAACGGUAGCUGCCUCUCUGCAGACCAUGGCUCUUAUGUCUGUCGAUCGAUACUUCCGCGUCGUUCAUCCAAUUAAUCACCGGAUAUUCUUCACCAUGUCUCGCGCACGGCUCAUGUCUGCGUCAGUCUGGAUCUUAGCUAUGAUGUACCCAGUCCCUUACCUUGCUUCUGGCAGGAAAUACAUUUUUCAUCCGGGAAAGUUUUUCUGCUUCCACGAAGUAAAAAUGUCUUUUGAAUCAUGUGUUAUUUACAUUUGUAUAUGCGUCUCCCUGGCUACUCUCUCUUUUUGUUAUUAUAACGUCUUCAAACAUCUUCGUUUGAAUAGAAACCGCGUUAGAAAUUUGCGAAAGGAAUUUUCCAGCAGGCACGAAAAAGAACGAAGAGUCUCCGCAGAAGACAUCAAAAUGACCCAAACUUUAUUCGUGACUGUUAUUGGAUAUUUAAUUUGUUGGACACCUGUACUUAUUAUCGAUUUUGUGGACAUGGCUUCUGAUGGCUGGUCCCUUCCUCGUAAGGUCUACGUCAUGUAUACCGAUAUCGGACUAAUAAGUUCUUCCCUGAAUCCUAUUAUAUAUGGUGCUUUAAAUCGAACAUUUCGACGAGAAUACAAAAAGAUUUUCUGCUUCAAAACUCUAUCAAGAGAAAACGAAACUUCUUUCUUUGAGCAAACCAACACAGCCAAUUUAGCUUUAGCUAAAUAA